AUGACCGGCACCAAGAGAAAGAAGCCCAGUGAUGGAAAAAGCACUGCAAGUCAUCUAACCGAUGGUUCGAGACAUGGUGCAACGACCUACAGCACAAGACGUCACCGAGAAGAACGCCCCGCGCCUGGAGUUGAUGCAGAUACGUACUUUCGCGACCUGUAUCUGAGCGAACUUGACUUCAGACAACUCAGUCGUGAGGAUUCGGAGUUUGGUCUAUUGCUUCGCAGCGGGAACCUCGACUUCAAUAAUCCAGCUGCUGUUAUGCAGCUUACCAAAACGCUGCUCAAAAUCGACUAUGGUCUUAAAAUAGAACUUCCUGACGACAGGUUAUGCCCUCCUGUGCCCGUCCGCCACAAUUACAUCCUAUGGCUCAAGGAGCUCAUUGACGGCUCAUCCUAUGCCGAGCGUGGCCGAAAGAUGACGGGCCUCGACAUUGGUACUGGGGCAAGCUGCAUCUACCCUCUACUUGCUUGCCAACAGCGCAACUGGUCUUUUAUUGCAACCGGUAACGUGGAUCCCAAGAGCCUCAGUUUUGCAAAGAAGAAUGUUGAGUUAAAUCACGUCCAGAAUCGCAUUCAGAUUAUCUCUCGGCAGAGCUCAGAUCCCCUCAUCCCAGCACAUCCAGCGGCCAUUGACUUCACAAUGACCAAUCCUCCCUUCUACGAAUCCGACGCCGACCUCCUUGCCUCUGCGAAGCAGAAAUCCCGUCCCCCCUUGUCGGCGUGCACGGGCGCUCCUGUGGAGAUGGUCACACCCGGCGGCGAAGUAGCCUUUGUCACGCGCCUAAUCGAAGAGUCUCUUGCCCUCCGCGACGCAAUUCAGUGGUAUACUUCCAUGCUUGGAAAGCAGAGCAGCCUCGAGACAAUCGUAGAAAAGCUGCGCGAGCACGGCAUAAACAACUACGCCAUCACCGAGUUCGUGCAGGGAAACAAGACGAGACGAUGGGCGCUUGCAUGGAGUUUUGCACCGAUGAGGCCAUCAACACAGGCGUCGAGGGGGGAUGAAAGCUGA